CUGGUGCCGUGUCUCCUGUUGUGUCCACAGUGGAGCUGCAGUCUGUCUGCAGUCCACGGAGUCCACGGAGGUGAAAAACACGGAAGUACCGAGUCAGACCGAGCAACGAUGGCGACCAGGACAGUCUGCAGCCGUUUGUCGCUUUUCCAGCGUCACUGCAUAAAGCAGGUCUUCAUUCAGACACAGUGCAAAGGGUCCUGCCCUGUUGAAGUGAGCCACCUGGACCAUUUGGUGCUGACCGUGAAAAAUCUGCAACAUACUACUCAGUUUUAUUCCUCUGUUCUUGGCAUGGAGGUAAUCACUUUCAAGGGAAACAGAAAAGCACUGAGCUUCGGGAGACAGAAGUUUAACCUUCACCAGCAGGGCCAGGAGUUUGAGCCUAAAGCCAAACGUCCAACACCAGGCUCUGCAGACCUGUGCCUCAUCACAAAAACCCCUCUGGCCUCAGUGGCUGCACACCUGAAGGUGUGUGGAGUGGAAAUAGAGGAGGGUCCAGUUGAGAGGAGUGGGGCUGUGGGGCCCAUCACCUCUCUGUACUUCAGAGAUCCAGAUGACAAUCUGAUCGAAGUGUCCAACUAUAACCAACCAGCAUCAGAGGGGCCUUGACAUUUCCUUUUGCCUCAGUAGUUAUAAUAUAUGAAAAUGCGACCAAUACACCUGUAGUCUUUCUGUUCGACAAACAAUUAAAGUUUGAGUGACGA